UAGACGGAAAAAACAUUCGUGUUUGGUGCACUAUUUUUCCUAAAUGAAAUAAAAUUGUUGCUUGGAAUAUCAUUGCUUGUUUUAUCUUGGCUUUCGAUUUUAUUAAGUGUCAUUAGAAGACUCUAAUUAUGAGUGAAUUGAGGCAACGCCGUGGUGAUGGUGACGGGAAUGAAAAAGUAGAAGCUGCCGGAGAAUCGGAUCAUGUGGACUCGGAGGAAGAAAAGGUUCUAGAAGAAAAAUAUGUGGACGAAUUGGCUAAGAACUUACCUCAGGGCACCGACAAAACGCCUGAAAUCCUCGACUCGGCCCUUUCUGGAUUAUCUUCGAGAUGGCGGAACUGGGUUAUCAGAGGCAUUUUCACCUGGUUGAUGAUUGCUGCCUUCUGCCUUUUAAUCUAUGGUGGCCCACUGGCUCUGAUGAUCACGGUGCUCUGCGUUCAAGUGAAAUGCUUCGAGGAGAUCAUCAACAUUGGCUACGCUGUGUACCGAGUGCACGGCCUGCCCUGGUUCCGCUCCCUCUCGUGGUACUUCCUACUGACUUCCAACUACUUCUUUUAUGGGGAAAACCUGAUUGACUACUUUGGUGUGGUCAUCAAUAGAACUGACUACCUCCGCUUCCUAGUGACGUACCACCGUUUCAUAUCGUUCAGCUUGUACUGCGUCGGCUUCGUCUGGUUCGUGUUGUCGCUCGUCAAGAGAUACUACAUGCGACAGUUCAGCCUGUUCGCGUGGACUCAUGUAGCGCUCCUGAUCGUCGUCACUCAGAGCUACCUCAUCAUACAGAACAUAUUCGAAGGACUCAUCUGGUUCAUCGUGCCUGUCUCCAUGAUAAUAUGCAACGAUGUGAUGGCUUACGUCUUCGGCUUCUUCUUCGGCAAGACUCCGCUCAUCAAACUUAGCCCCAAGAAGACUUGGGAGGGAUUCAUUGGCGGUGGCGUGUCUACUGUUAUAAUCGGAUUGGUUAUGUCCUACAUGAUGUCUCAGUACCCUUACUUGGUCUGCCCCAUCGAGUAUUCAGAAUCCCUGGGCAAGAUGACCAUGGACUGCGAGCCGUCAUUGCUGUUCCGUCUCCAAGAGUACACGCCGCCGCAGUUCAUGCAGCCACUCAUGAAAGUCAUUGGCAUGGAAAAGUUCAACAUGUACCCAUUCAUGAUCCACUCAUUAGCUCUGAGCACAUUCAGCUCGGUCAUUGGACCUUUCGGAGGAUUCUUCGCUUCUGGCUUCAAGCGUGCGUUCAAGAUCAAGGACUUCGGCGAUGUGAUUCCCGGACACGGUGGGAUAAUGGACCGCUUCGACUGCCAGUUCCUGAUGGCCACCUUCGUCAACGUCUACAUCACGAGCUUCAUCCGCACCGCCACGCCUCAGAAACUAUUGCAGCAGGUCUAUGGUCUGAAACCCGAGCAACAGCUGCAAUUAUUCUACGCCCUGAAGGAGUCUUUGGAGAACAGGAACAUUCUGAACAUGGUACCGUAAGCGUUCCUACCGCAUGACAAGGUAUUAUAUCUUAUUUAUUUAUUUUAUAAAAAAGAAAUUAAAAUAAAUAAAAUUAUAUGACAGAAUUGUAAGUGUGACUGCACACUUGACUGAUAAACGCCGCGUUCGGAAAGAUAUUGUUUGUUGCAACUUUCUCUGCGGUGAGUGCCAAGUUUUGACAUUUUUGCAUAUUUUCUUUUUUUAUUUGUUAUGGAAACUUUUUCUGAUUUAUUAGCCGAGUAUGAAAAGUUGCGAUGUCACUUAGUGCAGAGGUUUUAUAGUUUAUUUCGGUAGGAAUUGAGACUGGUUGAAACUAUUUUCUGAUUUACAUAAUGAUUCAUAAGAAUCUUAUUACUUUCUUGGCGAUUUCCAUCCAUUUAGAUGGUGACUAUAUAAGUAUUGUUUUAUUUUAGUUUUAGUUUUGCGGAAAUUACCGCGUCAAAUGACUGUUUAUCUUUAUAGUUUUGAAAUACAAUUUUUUUUUAUAAGAGGCUUGUUAUGCCUUAUCAAUCUGAUUAGUUUAAUUGCCAACU